CACUCUUCGUACUUGCUUCUUUGGAAUUUGGCAUUUACGCAACAAAACUAAGCACACCCGUAGUCGAGUCCCGAAGGAAAUCGCUCCUCAACGUACAUUAUUCACCAGGAGGUAGAGUGUUGAGAAGAUGUUACGCAUCGUUGCGGGUCGUGCUACCUCGAGCCUGCGUCAGGCUUGCGUGCCAAGAGCGACUACUGCUGUUCAGCAGACGAGAGCUAGCCAUGGUAACACCGAGACUGACGAGGAGUUCGACGCCAGGUACGAGAAAUUCUUCAACCGACCCGACAUUGAUCACUGGGAGAUCCGUAAAGCCAUGAACGACCUUGCUGGUAUGGAUCUUGUACCUGAACCAAAAAUCAUCUGUGCUGCUCUGCGAGCUUGCAGAAGAUUGAAUGACUACGCCCUCACAACUAGAUUUUUGGAAUCAGUUAAGGACAAAUGUGGUGACCAAGUUGAUAAGAUAUAUCCUUAUAUCUUGCAAGAAAUCAAUCCCACUUUGAAAGAACUGGGCAUUAGCACACCCGAGGAGCUUGGCUAUGACAAACCAGAAUUAUGGUUAGAGAAUCCAGACGACAUUCAUGGAUAAAUUUAAAAAUAAAAGAAAAAGGUCAGUUUCUGAAACUAGUCUAAAUUCAUAGAAACAAACCUUGCAUUCAAUUUAGUUUUUACAAGUAAAUGCUAUAACAUUAAAAUGUACAUUAUUGAAAUCAGCUACACUGUCAUAUUAAAUCGU